AUGCUAGACGGUACACGAUUACGCAAUUCAUGGUACGCUUCGCUCGAUGACGCACAGAGCAACUUCCGCCAGCUGCUGUCCUCCCAUACCUCACCCGACUGGAAGAGAGUACCCAUCCCAAACGAUACGAUCUCGAAGGGAAAGUCGAGGGCGGUAGCACCCGAGCUCACGGAUGUGGUUCUACACCGCAAGACAAGCAAGUCCAGCGAACCUGUCUACCGUGCGAUCCUCGACGUCCCGGUAGGUGACACGCUGGUGUCCCUAGAAACCUGGAAGGCCGUUCUGUCGACUCCGGAACUCCGGAAGGAAUGGGAUCCCGCAGUGGAAGGCGCGCAUAUGAUCGAGAUACUCGACCAAGCCACUAGGAUAUCGAAGGUCGACUUCACCCUUGGAUGGCCUGCAAAUCCUAGGGAUGCCGUCGUCAUCUCUCGCUCGUUCAGCGAUGCUACCACUCUCAUCGACAUCUCCACCUCCCUUCCUCGGUCCCCGGACGAACCUGCGUACCUUCGGCCAUCGCCGCCGUAUGUACGAUCGGAUGUCUCUCUCUUCGCUUGGUGCGUUCAGGUUAUCGAGCAGCCCCCGACGUCCAAACGCAGCCCUAAACUACGGAUUACCUGUUUCUGGCAGCAUAAUCUGAAGACGUUAUGGUCAUUCAACACAGCAUCCAGCUUCGCUCAGCAGUUAUGCACGAUGAUGGUCGGCAUCUACAACACGGUACAGAAACGCGGCCUACGGAUCCCUCAGCUGAUGGGAUAUGGCAACGGCGUGUCAAUCGAGCGCCUGCGUUUCGACCUUGACCGGGAGGCGCUGACUGUGGACUACUCAAUCGUGCCAGAGGAUGAAGAUCACACUCCGCAUACAACUGCCCAGGGUCUAGAUGAGCUUUUCGCCAUACGAGAACACAAGAGGUUGACACGUUCAGUCGAAUGUGCGCUACCGACGCCGGUGGGCUGGGACGUACAGAUUGCCACCAAGGCGUCCUCGGACCAAGUUGCUCAGCUACCCUGGACGGUCCAGGCGAAACGCGAUCCAUCUCCCGCACAAGGCUCCACAGCGACUAGUCCAGAAACGGACAGGAUUAUUUUCGGAAUCAAACAUGCCGCUUUACCCAACGACCACUCUGUAUUGAAAGUCCGGGUAGUGAUUGAGCUAUCCGGAUCCUCCAGUGGUAUCCGUCUAAAUGGGAUCCCACAACCCAUCGAGCAAGUGGAGGAACGAGACCCGCAAUCCCACAUCGCGUCUCAGCAGAUGCUCCGGGAUGCGUCAAGUGCUGCAGAUUUCAGCUUCAAUACGCAAUCAUCAUCGGUCAGCACAGUGGCAGAGUCGGCGUCGAAGGCUUCUGCUGCGCUGCCUGAGCGGCCGGCGCUAAGUCGGACGCAGACCGAGCGCACCGCGACGGCCGAGAAGUCGAUCCUAUCCCGAGUCAAACGCAAUUACAUCUACUUCUCGUCGCUACUGCAGGAGCCGGAGGCGAAGUGGAAACGCACUACCGAGACACGCGGAGUGUCGAUAGCGCAGCUCGAUUCAAUCGACCCGACAUUGGUGGUGUAUCGCGCGGAAGCGACGUUCGUUGGGCUUGGAUUGUGGGACUUGUAUGCCGCCGUUGUGACUCCGGGAGCCCGUGCGUUCUGGGACAGACUCUAUGACGACAGCACCCUGCUAGAACAUGUCAACGAGCUCACGGAGCUAUGGCAUUUCAAGACGAAGCCCGCUUGGCCUGUCACCGGGAGAGACGCGGUCGUGCUUAAGACCGUGUACAAGUCGCCCACAACAAUACACGUCUUCGCCUUCUCUGCGGAUGACCCAAAUCUAUUUCCGAACAUCCCCUCCGCUGAUCCGAACGUCAUCCGCACACAGAUCGACCUGCAGGGUUGGGCGAUUGAGGCGCUCUCGCCUACCACGACACAGCUCACCAUCCUCGAGCAGUCUGAUCCGAAGGGCUGGUCGAACAAGGCGUCAAUUCCGCAGCAGAUGAUCCAAGCAAUCGCCGGCGUGGGUGAGUUCGCGAUCAAGUGCGGCGGUCCACCCAUUGUUACACGGCUCGAGGGCGCGAAGGCGACACAGAUGCGGUACGAUCACGAUAGGUACAGUUUCCGCGUCGAGUACGAGGCUUCCGCGAGUCGUCGGUCGACCCCGGUGCAGAUUCCAGACGAAGCCGCCACUCCGAUAACACCUAGCUCGCCCGGGCUGCCCUUCGUGGAGUGUGAGCUGCGGUGCGAUCUGGAUAGCUGGGCGAACUCCUUGGAUAUUGUGGUCGAUCCACCGCCACAAACAAUAUCGUGUCUCCGGAGACAUCGUUUGUCCUCCGGCGGCGGUGGCUUGUGGCUCACGAUUACACACGACGCCGUCUACACCGGGGACGAUCGCCUACAGGUGAUAGUUAGGCGCGGACCCAUGAGUGUGCCGAAGGAGAAGGGGCUUGUCAUGGUGAACGGAGCCAAGGUCGACGUCGACGUCGAGGAGCUUCCUGACAAAGAGGUGAAGAGCCUGCAGAAGCAGAAGCGCAUCAAACCGACUCGGGUGCCAUUGGACCAGCCCCCUGUUCUGAGCGUCAUCAGGCGACGCAGGGCAGAGUGGAGCGGGGACGGUGACCUUGAAGGCACAGAAACCGGCUCGUACAAACCGGCGACCCCCGACGUGGAACUGGCGUCGGCGCCGACGUUUGCGUCAUCGUUCAACUCGUUCAUCAAUCUGGCUAUAUCGCAGGCGACGACAGCCACUCAGCAAGCUGCAGCAGCGAUUGCACCCGCCAUGGCUGCAGGAGGUGAUGCUCCCUCUGCGUCGAAGCCACCUAUGCAAUAUGCGCUCGAGGCUCUGUCAUACUUGCAGAGCAUACACGUCAGCCCACAGCGAGACGGAUGGACACUAGUCAGCGAGAAGGAUGUGCCCGUGUAUCGAAGGAUCGACGCGGAGAUCUCGCCGGUCAUCCCAGUGCACAAGGGAGAGAAGGUCAUCGAAGGCGUUUCUGCGGAGGAAGUGGCUUCCGUCUUGACGAGCUAUGAUUGCCGCAAGCAAUGGGACACCCGAUUCGACACGGCUCACGUUUUCGAGGUAUUCGGUGGCGAGCUGCAUACGGAGUUCGUGGUCAUGAAGGGCGGCUUCCCAUUCCGCGAUAGGGGUUUCUAUCUGGCGUCACUUAUGGCACGCGGGAGCGCAUCUCCGUCGCUCUCUCGCCGCAACACUGCUACAGGCGAAACCGAGAACUCGACCGAGAGCCGCGCUGCAAUUUACUGCGUGUCGGCGUCCUUCUCCCCGGAGUCUGUUGCUUCGUUCUCUCCAGCGAAGUACAACUCGUACGGAUUGCCCGUUGGCCGCAUUUACGUGGACGGGUGGAUUCUGGAGACACUCGAUCCAUAUGGAGCAGAGAACUACGCGAUACCCUCCACCCGUUGCACGCGAGUAGUCGCAGUUGACUACUCUGGAUCCAUACCUGCGGCGAUGAACUCGAUGAUCAACGGUAUGCUGCCAAAGUCGAUCCAAGCCGUCGAAUCCUACGUCAAGAACAUCUCGCCUCCGCCGUCAACUCGUUUACCCCCGGUGGGUAUCGCCCUCGCGCAAACAAGUCAAGAUCCUCUACGAUACAAAGCUUGGAAGCUACGGCGUCGAGACCAGACCCGUCUACUGAUUGCGUCUCGUUUCAAGCCGUCAGAUAGACUGUACCAGAGCACUAUUCUGCUCAACAGUUCGGAUGCGCUGGUACGUCCGUCUUCCAGAGCCGACGAGAAGACCCCCAGACCGCGGAACCGCGCUCUUAAGGCACAAACCAUCUCGGCAGCUACUGGCGCCGCCGUCGCUGACGAGCUGGAACGGCAGAGCCGCAGCAGGACAAACUCGUCCGCAACGUCGUCAUCAAAGCCCGCAAGCAUGUCGCCCGAGCAUGGACGCUCGCGGUCCCGAGAGGCAGUGAGAUCGUCCACCAUUCUGACCUCGAGGGGCGAGAUGCGCCACCCGACGGACCUGCUCAUAGCAGAGUUGAUCGUUGAUUCGAAACUCUAUCCAGGCGGGUAUGAAGUCCGGAUUGCAUCACGCAUCGACAAAUCGAAGACGCGUAUAUCGCUGACUUCCCCGCUCGGCACGGCUUCGUCGUCGACAUCGGCGCAGGAGCUUCCGUUCGCCUGCGCGACGUACACCCUUCCGCCGUCACCUCUACACUCGGCCGGCCUGAACACGGACCGUCCGCCGCGGCAUCUGCUGCGCCUUACGUUGCCUACAGCUCAGUACUAUGUGUCCACUAUCCAGGAUCCUCUGACGGGGGAAACUCGCAGCGCUCCACCGAAGCCACAAUGGCUGUCCGACAUGGAAGAAGGUCGCGUUGUCCUCGAUAUCGAAAUCAAGCCGGUCGCUGGAGGACGCUCGAACAAGAAGGGGACAGUUACUGUCAACGGCGUCACAGUGCCGGUGUUGGGCGAGAAGGAGUCGCUUACGAGUCUCGGGCGAGAUGAAAUCCUGGACACCAGAGCGUCCAAGAUGGACCUUCUGUCGGGCUCGUCUGCGGAAGAUGACCAGCUUCCGGGGGAGCUGCAGAUGCCCAUUGCCGUCGCGACGGACCUGCUGGACGACGCGGUGCUUGCGUCUGAGCCCGCGCCGGUGUCCGAACAGGUCGAGACAGAGAGCACGAACGCAACACCGGAAGCAAAUCCGGACGCGGGUGAGAGUGCUCCGCAAGUGGUCGUCUCUCCCCCCGAGACGCCAGCAGCUGACUCGACGACGAGUGGGCUUCUGCGGUUCUUGAACGCCUAUCCGAACCCCCUGUUGCGCUUCACCGCUCCAGGAUGGCGUUCGAGCGAGCCAACGACGCCUGCGCCGCCCGAGAGUGCUGGUACCCCGGGGAUGUCUACCGAGGGUAGCCAAGCCCGCGAUGUCUCAGUUGUGGCGGGCACUAAGAGCGAGGCGCUUGGCCUGCUCUCGCGGCAGGCGGUAAGGCGGACGUAUCCACUAUCGACGGUGGUUAUCGUGGCCCUUAUCGCCUUCCUGGUGGGCUCGUUCCUGCGGUCGCUGCUGUCGCCUGCCGACUUUAUCUACGUGGUGUCUGACCGCAAGGAUCUUGAGGAUAUGAACGCGGGGUGGCGGGAGUUGAAGCGCCUGUUCGAAGUGAAGUACCUCCUGGGUGGCUGGGACUUCCAGGUUGCUGUCGUGCGCCGCCACUAG